CUCAUUUCUUUAGGCUUAAAAAAAAAACACUCAAAAUUAAGCCAAUCAAAACCCCUCCGGGGCCGACGCGCUAUGUUUGGACACCCAACAUUCCCACGCUCCUCCUCCGAGUUUCUCAGCGACUCCCUGCCGUCUCCCGAGGACAUCAUAACGUCGCCGUUAAACUUCCCAUUACGUUCGCUAACUCAACUCACUGUGGCCGAGUCUUCCGACUCCGUGAGUGACGCGUUCCACAGUGGCAGCGGCAGCGGGAGUUACAACUCGCCGAGUUUCUGUACUCGGACUGGGAAACCGAGUUUGAUGCAGAGGAGCGUCAGUAGCCAUUCCCUUCAAUUUCAAAAGAACGGGCUUCAUAGUCAUUUCGCCUCGAGCCUUAACGAGUUUAUUGACUCUGAUUCCGGUCCGGUCAGGAGAGUUUUUAGUACCGGUGAUUUGGACCAGGGGCAGCAGAGUCAUCGGAGGUCAGAGAGUCCAUUGUCAAGUGAGAGUAAUGCUAUCAUUGAAGGAAUGAGCAGAGCCUGCCGCUAUAGUCCCGAGGAAAAGAAAGAGAGGAUUGAAAGAUACCGAAGCAAAAGAAACCUCAGGAACUUCAACAAGAAGAUUAAGUAUGCAUGUAGGAAAACGUUGGCAGAUAGUAGGCCACGCAUCCGAGGACGAUUCGCAAGAAAUGAAGAAAUUGAAAAGAAUCCUCAGGUUGAAUGGAGCAACGUAGGUGGAGAGGAAGAGGAAGAAGAUGAGGAGAAUUGGAUCCAUUUUCUAGAUUCGCUCUCGGCAAAUCUGAUUAAUCCUUAAUAUUAAAACAGUUGGUACUGUUUUGUUCAAAUAUUAGUGUGGAAAUUUUAGAUUUGCUUGUUUUAUAUAUAUAUUUUGAUGCAAUGUUAAGUCAUUUUCAGCUUCAAAUAGUUGUUGUAAAUAUGAUUGAUCACAUUAUUCAUAUAAGAUUAUGGAAUUCCAAGGCUCACCCGAGAGUGAGAUUUAUAAAUGGCAGGGCAUGAGUUGCAGAAUAGGCAAAUUUGUGAUUAACUUGAACAAUAGCCAAUUUUCCAUCACAUUCAAAUAACCCAUACUUUGCCCCAUCCAAAUUACAGAUGUUAGCAAGUGGUACAUUUCUUAUAUUAUUGAUUUGAGCCCGAAUUUCUCGACUAAUCUGAUACUUGAUUAAGAAGUUUUAACUGUUGACAAAAAGGUGUGAAUGCUGCCGACA